AUGACACUCCUUCACUUCCGCUUCGCCUUCAGGCACCGCCCCCCCGCCUUUCAACCAAUCACAGCCUCCAGCGGCACGGUGAACAUUCGCGAUUGGUCAAAGUGGCCGCCAUUCAUCAGGAAAGCCGAGGGGCGAUUGGGCCAGUGCGGAUGCGGGGGCCGCGGCCUCGCGUCAGUACGGCGGCCGCGAGGGGCUCCUCCCCCCUCCCCUCAGACGGGGCGAGGGCGGCGAUGGCGCGUCCGGCGGAGGCGGCUGCGGGCGCCGCUCCGGCCCCUCCGGCCCCUCGGUGCCCUGGCCGCGGCCGGGGCUGUGAGUAGGGCCCGCACAGACAUGAGGGCUCUAGCUGACAUGAACAAUGAUGGGAGGAUGGAUCCCUUGGAGUUUUCCAUAGCUAUGAAACUCAUCAAACUGAAGCUCCAGGGUUACCAGCUCCCGGCCGCGCUGCCGCCCGUCAUGAAGCAGCCGCCCCUCGCCCUGCCCGGUGCCCCCGGAUUUGGUCUCGGGGGCAUUGCCAACAUGCCAUCCCUCACCACUGUGGCCCCGGUGCCCAUGGCAUCCAUCCCAGUCGUGGGGAUGUCCCCCCCACUGGUGUCCUCUGUCCCUGCCGCCGUCCCUCCCCUGGCUAACGGAGCUCCUGCUGUCAUCCAGCCCCUGCCUGCUUUCGCUCACCCCGCCACUUUGCCAAAGAGUUCUUCCUUCAGCCGCUCGGGGCCGGGAGCUCAGCUCAAUGCCAAGCUGCAAAAGGCACAAUCCUUCGACGUGGCCAGCUCUCCUGCUGUGGCAGAGUGGGCUGUGCCUCAGUCCUCACGGCUCAAGUACCGGCAGCUCUUCAACAGCCACGACAAAACCAUGAGUGGACACUUGACAGGUCCCCAAGCAAGAACGAUUCUCAUGCAGUCAAGUUUACCCCAGGCUCAGCUGGCUACAAUAUGGAAUCUCUCUGACAUUGAUCAAGAUGGGAAGCUGACAGCUGAGGAGUUCAUCCUGGCUAUGCACCUCAUUGAUGUAGCCAUGUCUGGUCAGCCACUGCCACCUGCCCUGCCCCCAGAGUACAUCCCACCUUCGUUCAGAAGAGUCCGCUCCGGCAGUGGGAUUUCUGCUGCCAGUUCAGUGUCUGUAGACCAAAGGUUACCUGAAGAACCAGCACUGGAGGAAGAACAGCAGCAACUGGAAAAGAAAUUACCAGUGACGUUCGAGGACAAGAAGCGGGAGAACUUCGAGCGGGGCAACCUGGAGCUGGAGAAGCGCAGGCAGGCGCUGCUGGAGCAGCAGCGCAAGGAGCAGGAGAGGCUGGCCCAGCUGGAGAGGGCCGAGCAGGAGAGGAAGGAGCGCGAGCGGCAGGAGCAGGAGCGCAAGCGGCAGCUGGAGCUGGAGAAGCAGCUGGAGAAACAGCGGGAGCUGGAGCGGCAGCGCGAGGAGGAGAGGAGGAAGGAGAUCGAGAGGAGAGAGGCUGCCAAACGGGAGCUGGAGAGGCAGAGGCAGCUGGAGUGGGAGCGCAACCGGCGGCAGGAGCUGCUGAACCAGAGGAACAAGGAGCAGGAGGACAUCGUGGUGCUCAAGGCCAAGAAGAAAACCCUGGAGUUCGAACUGGAAGCUCUCGAGUCCCAGCAGAUGCUGGGCAGGCUGAUUCCAGAGAAGCAGCUGCUGAAUGAUCAGCUCAAGCAGGUCCAGCAGAACAGUUUGCACAGGGAUUCCCUUCUCACCAUCAAAAGGGCCUUGGAAGCCAAGGAACUGGCACGGCAGCAGCUCCGGGACCAGCUGGAUGAGGUGGAGAAAGAAACCAGAUCUAAGCUGCAGGAAAUUGAUAUUUUCAAUAAUCAGCUGAAGGAGCUGAGAGAAAUCCAUAACAAACAGCAGCUCCAGAAGCAGAAGAGCUUGGAAGCUGAGAGGUUGAAACAGAAGGAACAGGAAAGGAAGACAGUGGAGCUGGAAAAGCAGAAAGAAGCUCAGAGGCGGAUCCAGGACCGGGACAAACCGCGGCUGGAGCGGGGACAGCCAGAGGAGGAACCACAGUGGCAAAAAAAAAUCCAGGAAGAUGACAAGCAAAAAAGGGAAGAACUACCCAAGAAGAAGGAAAGUGAGGAUAAGGGGAAACAGGAGAUGCAGGAGAAGCUGAGUAAACUCUUCCAGCCCCACCAGGAGCCCGGCAAGCCCGGCCAGGCUCCGUGGUCCAACGCAGAGAAAGCUCCUCUAACCAUUUCUGCUCAGGAGGAUGUAAAAAUAGUGUAUUAUAGAGCUCUGUAUCCUUUUGAAUCCAGAAGCCACGACGAGAUCACCAUCCAGCCUGGAGACAUCGUCAUGGUGGAUGAAAGCCAGACUGGAGAGCCAGGGUGGCUUGGUGGAGAACUGAAGGGGAAGACUGGAUGGUUCCCUGCAAACUAUGCAGAGAAGAUUCCAGACAGUGAAGUUCCAGCCUCUGCCAAGCCCGUGGCUGAACCCUCUGCUGCUCCCAAAGUGUCUGUGCAGGAAAGCUCCACUCCCCUGGGAGCCCCUGCCCCUGCAGAGGCUCCUGCAGCAGCCAACAACUGGGCAGACUUCAGCUCCACCUGGCCAGCAAACACCAGUGAGAAGGCAGAGAGUGAUAACUGGGAUGCCUGGGCAGCUCAGCCCUCGCUGACCGUGCCCAGCGCGGGGCAGCUCCGGCAGCGCUCGGCCUUCACCCCUGCCACUGUCACCGGCUCUUCCCCGUCCCCUGUGCUGGGCCAGGGUGAAAAAGUGGAGGGGCUUCAGGCACAGGCUCUGUAUCCCUGGAGAGCAAAGAAAGACAACCACCUGAACUUCAACAAGAACGACGUGAUCACCGUGCUGGAGCAGCAGGACAUGUGGUGGUUUGGGGAGGUGCAGGGCCAGAAGGGCUGGUUCCCCAAAUCCUAUGUCAAGCUCAUCUCAGGCCCCAUUAGGAAGUCCACGAGCAUGGAUUCUGGUUCCUCAGAAAGUCCUGCUAGUCUGAAAAGAGUAGCAUCCCCAGCAGCCAAGGCAGCAGUGUCAGGGGAAGAGUACAUUGCCAUGUACACCUACGAGAGCUCGGAGCAGGGAGACCUCACUUUCCAACAAGGUGACCUGAUCCUGGUGACAAAGAAAGAUGUGUGCCAGGUGAUCGGCAUGUACGACUACAGCGCGCAGAACGACGACGAGCUGGCCUUCAACAAGGGCCAGAUCAUCACCGUGCUCAACAGGGAGGACCCCGACUGGUGGAAGGGGGAGGUCAACGGCCACGUGGGGCUCUUCCCGUCCAACUACGUGAAGCUGACCACGGACACGGACCCGAGCCAGCAGUGGUGUGCAGACCUGCACCUGCUGGACAUGCUGACCCCCACGGAGAGGAAGAGGCAGGGCUACAUCCACGAGCUCAUCGUCACCGAGGAGAACUACGUCACCGACCUGCAGCUGAUCUUCCAGAAACCACUGAUGGAGUCUGAGCUGGUCACAGAAAAAGAAGUUGCCAUGAUUUUUGUGAACUGGAAGGAGCUGAUUAUGUGCAAUAUAAAACUACUGAAGGCCCUGCGGGUGAGGAAGAAGAUGUCCGGGGAGAAGAUGCCGGUGAAGAUGAUCGGGGACAUCCUGACAGCGCAGCUGCCCCACAUGCAGCCCUACAUCCGCUUCUGCAGCUGCCAGCUCAACGGGGCCGCCCUCAUCCAGCAGAAAACGGACGAAGUGCCCGAGUUCAAGGAGUUUGUCAAGAUAAUAGAGAACACCCCCGAGAACCACCCUGACCACAGCCACCUGAAGCACGCCCUGGAGAAGGCGGAGGAGCUGUGCUCGCAGGUGAACGAGGGCGUGCGGGAGAAGGAGAACUCGGACAGGCUGGAGUGGAUCCAGGCCCACGUGCAGUGCGAGGGCCUCUCCGAGCAACUCGUUUUUAAUUCAGUUACAAACUGCUUGGGACCACGCAAGUUCCUGCACAGUGGGAAGCUCUAUAAAGCCAAGAGUAACAAGGAGCUGUAUGGUUUUCUCUUCAACGACUUCCUCCUCCUCACUCAGAUCAUAAAACCUCUUGGCUCUUCUGGCACAGACAAGGUCUUCAGCCCCAAGUCCAACCUGCAGUACAAAAUGUACAAAACUACUCUGCAGUACAACUCCAGCUCUGCUGAUGUUUUACAGCCCAUUUUCCUAAACGAGGUACUGGUAAAAUUACCCACAGACCCUUCUGGAGAUGAGCCCAUCUUCCACAUCUCCCACAUUGACAGAGUCUACACACUCCGGGCUGAAAGCAUUAAUGAAAGGACUGCCUGGGUUCAGAAGAUCAAAGCUGCUUCAGAACUUUACAUAGAGACUGAAAAGAAGAAGAGGGAAAAGGCCUACUUAGUUCGCUCUCAGAGAGCAACAGGCAUCGGGAGGCUGAUGGUGAAUGUUGUUGAAGGCAUUGAGCUAAAACCCUGCAGGUCCCAUGGAAAGAGCAACCCCUACUGCGAGGUGACCAUGGGCUCCCAGUGCCACAUCACCAAGACCAUCCAGGACACCCUCAAUCCCAAGUGGAAUUCCAACUGCCAGUUCUUCAUCAAGGACCUGGAGCAGGACGUGCUGUGCAUCACGGUGUUCGAGCGGGACCAGUUCUCCCCGGAUGACUUUUUGGGCAGGACAGAGAUCCGUGUGGCAGACAUCAAGAAGGAUCAGGGUUCCAAGGGACCAGUUACAAAGUGUCUCCUUCUGCACGAAGUCCCCACGGGAGAGAUCGUGGUGCGCCUGGACCUGCAGCUGUUUGAUGAGCCUUAG